GCGCAGGCGGCGCUGACAGAGGAAACAGCCGGGGAGUAGUCAAACAGUCUACGGUGAGAGAGAAGGAGCCAGGACAAACGAGAGAAGACCAACAACCCGGGUACAGCUGGGGUUUCUCCCCCUCAAAUCAAUUAUGCUCGUCUCGCCGCUGUCGCUUCAUCUCAGGUGUCCGCUUCCCGGUCGCUGAAUGGCGCUGGUUACCGUGCAGCGUUCACCGACCCCCAGCACCAGCUCCAGCCCCUGCGUUUCGGAGUCGGGUAGUGGGGAGGAUGACCGUCGCUCUCAGCCAAGGAGCAUCAGUGAAAGUUUCCUGACAGUUAAAGGAGCUGCUCUCUUCUUACCUCGAGGAAAUGGCUCCUCUUCUUCAUCUGCCUCUCGCUUCUCACAGCUGCGCAGCAAACAUGCAGGAGACAUCCAGCAGCAUCUACAAACCAUGUUCACUCUCCUCAGACCGGAGGACAACAUCAAACUGGCGGUCCGUUUGGAGAGUAUCCACACCCAGAUCACCCGCUACAUGGUGGUGGUCUCAACCAAUGGUCGUCAAGACACGGAGGAGAGCGUGGUGCUGGGAAUGGAUUUCAGUCCUGUAGAUAGCUCAUGUUCUGUAGGGCUGGUUUUGCCUUUAUGGAGCGACACGUUGAUACAUCUGGACGGAGAUGGGGGUUUCAGUGUGUCGACUGAUAACAGAGUGCAUGUAUUCAAGCCCGUCUCUGUGCAGGCCAUGUGGUCGGCCCUCCAGUCACUCCAUAAAGCAUGCGAGGUGGCUCGUUGCCACAACUACUUCCCAGGCAGCUUGUUCCUCACCUGGGUCAGCUACUAUCAAAGCAGGGUCUGCUCCGACCAGGCACGCAUCAACGAGUGGAACGCCAUGCAGGAUGUGCAGUCACAUCGUGCUGAUUCGCCCGUUCUCUUCUCUGAUGCACCUACAGAAAGAGAGUUGACAGAGCGUCAGAUCAAAAGCAGUUUGAGGGAGAUCAUGAUGCAGAAAGACCUCGAGAAUGUCACCUGCAAAGAGAUCCGAACAGAGCUGGAAAUGCACAUGACAUGCAACUUGCGAGAGUUCAAGGAGUUCAUCGACAACGAGAUGAUUGUCAUUCUGGGCCAGAUGGACAGUCCUACGGAGAUCUUUGAUCACGUCUUCUUGGGAUCUGAGUGGAAUGCAUCCAAUUUGGAGGAGCUGCAGAAGAGCGGGGUCCAAUACAUCUUGAAUGUAACGAGGGAGAUUGAUAACUUCUUCCCCGGCGUGUUUGAGUACCACAACAUCCGUGUUUACGAUGAGGAGGCCACCGACCUGCUUGCUUAUUGGAACGACACCUACAAGUUUAUAACUAGAGCCAAGAAAGCGGGAUCCAAGUGCCUGGUGCACUGUAAAAUGGGCAUAAGUCGCUCUGCAGCCACGGUGAUAGCAUAUGCCAUGAAGGAGUUUGGCUGGGAUCUGAAAAAGGCCUUUGAUUAUGUCAAGGAGCGUCGAGCUGUGACCAAACCGAACCCCUCUUUUAUGAGACAGCUGGAGGAGUACCAAGGCAUUCUGCUGGCCAGCAAGCAGAGGCACAACAAACUGUGGCGUUCUCACUCUGACAGCGACCUGUCUGAGCACCAUGAGCCACUGUCUAAAUCUUACGCCCAACCGCACAGCUUGGGUCGCUCUGAUCCCCAUAACCAGGCCGGCAGCACGUCUGGUCCGUCUGUGAAAGAACUGCUGGAUUCACUGGGAACUUCAGCCAUCACUGGCAAAGCAACACACUCCACUAGUCAACCUGAUACCGGCAUCCACUCCAAACAGCUCAGCUCCUCGUCCUCUGAGGGGGUGGCAGCUCUAUCACGCGAAGCUAAAGCUCGAAGCCUCGAGGCUCCUUCUCAUUCUGCUGUAAUCCAAAUCAGCCAGUUGGACCCCCCUUGUCCCGAGUCCACAGCUGGCUCUGUGUCUCUGCCGUCUCCUCCGCUCUCCAACGGCUUAUGUGACUCUGAGGAGCAGUCCUCAUCACCUCCUCUCUCCCAGCCAAGGGCUGCCAUUGUAGUGCCCGAGCCUCAGAAGACAGACAUGGUGACUGUUGCACACAGUGUUGUAGUGGGCCAGCCUCACCCGCCUCCAUCCUUUCACCACCUCCCCCUCUCUCCUGCCCCAUCCUCAACUGAAGUCUGCACGGAUGAGGUUAUCAAACCCCAGGUGUUGUCCAGCUCUCUGCCUGUGAUGAAACCGAUGCUCGUGUCAGUGCCUGAGCCCACGACAACACCAACACCAAGCACACAACAGGCUGGACCCCAGAGUCUUUCCGCACAAGUGCCUGUCAAAAAAACAGACUGUGACCAACAGAUGUGCUUGGACGGUUUAGCAGCACAUCCUCCCUCCACUAGUGAUUUUAUCAGCUACCCCAGUGCCAUUCCACAAGACAACGAGUUGUUGUUCGGCCACAGCGCAGAUCACAUUAACUUUUUCAGUGCCAGAGAAAAGUUCAAGGAAAUGAGUCAAGAUGGUAAAACGCACUGUGCUGCAGUGCAGCAGUCGCCCCAGCUGAAGAGUUGCGGCAAGGAACAACAAACACUGCCUCAGGAGGUCUCCACCAGUGAGGGGAAGGAGGAGGAGAAAAGAAAGGAAACAACCGUCCCUGUGCAGGUCACAGGGCUGAAGCCUGCAGUGCACACAGAGCCUCUGGGCCCCCAGGAACAGGAAGAAAGGAAGUCGAGGCAGGAAAUAGAUGGAGAUGUUUUAUCACACAAGGAAGCUGAUAAUGUUAAAGAGGAAGUGACAAACAAAGAAGAAGAGGAGGAGGCGGCUCCUGCUCGUCUCUACAGCGAUUGGACAAGGGGGUCUGUGCGGCGCGUCACGCGACAGCUGGAGCAAAGAAUGAAACAGGAGCACGAGACUCCGUCACCCUCCUCGUCUCCACCGUCCCUCUCCGGCAGCUCCUCCAGCUCUCAGCGACGUCCACCCAGUGUCCAUGCAGCGACAGUGUUGAAUCCACAGGAUGCAUCAGUUGACUCACAGGUGUCAGAAAUUAGCACUGUGCAGGAGGAGCAGGAGGAGCAUGAUGGGAAGGUUGGACCAGUUAAAAGGGAGAGUGGUGAUGUAGUUGAGAUGGGGACACUAGGAAAUAAUGACGAAAGCACAAUAGGACACAAACUCCAUCCUGCUGACACAAGAUUGCUCUCUACCUCUUCGUCUUUCCACCGCUUGGCCCAUUCUCCCUUUGCCUCUGUAAACUUCCUGUGUUUAGAGGGUGUGACACAGUUGGAGUCAGACACAGACUGGGACUGCUUCACAGAGGGACAUCACAGUGACAUCAUCAUGAGAGAGACAUGGGAGACUCUGUGUGAGCUGGGUGCCUUCCUGCAGCAGGUAAGCAUGGACGGAGCCGGCAAGGCCAGAUGUGUGGACCAGAUCUUCGGCCUCGGUGCCGGAACUACUCAGAAGCGAGGUAGUGGCGUCCAGAGGAGGGUCAGAGAGGUGGAAGCGAGGAUUCGCCAAGCAGGACUGACACCUCCAUCCCUGAUGAAGCGCUCAGCCUCUCUGGCCAAACUGGGCUGUCUGGAGCUGCUCGCCAAUGACCUGAGUGAGUGGGAGUUCAGCCUCUCCUCUAUGGCUCCGUCCUCUGCAGAACCUCCGAUCCACACAGCAAGCGACGAGUCCAAGAAGCAGCGGGUCCACAAGUCUCCCUCCUCAGCCGACCAGCAGCUAAAAGCCCUUGGGACUGAUGCGGAGAGGCUCCCUGAAGCUGGAAAAACCUCACCAGGAGUCUCUCCGCCAUCUAGUCUGCAGAGAAGAGAACUCCCUAACUCUGACCAAGAUUCUCUGCACUUGCCUGCGCUGACACUUGCGGCAACAAGGCAGCAAUAUGGAAGGACUCACCCCCUGAGGCGGCUUAAGAAAAGAACUACUAGCACCCUUUACCACACCAUGUAACCCUCACCGUGUGAGUGUGUGUGUUUGUGUGUGUGUGUGUGAGAGAGAGAGAGAGCGGUAUCAUGCACACCUGUGAGAAAUGGAAAUCAAGUGUGUAAUGUUGGAUUUAUUCAGCGAAACAAACCAAUGCCUCUUGCCUUAAAGGAUAUGUCGAGACAUUUCUGUACAGUUUUCUCGCUGCAGAUCAGCCAAGGGACACUUCUCUCAGUGCAGGAACAGUGACAAGGCUAUGAAGGGUCCCGUCAAUUGAAAUUAAAACUGUAAGUCAAUUUGGAAGAAGCGCUGUGUAGUAUAACGUCAUUUAAAAGGCAGCAAAAACAAUCAUCCAAAUGAUUAACUUGUUUCAAAUGUUAAUACGCCUGAGCCUUCACAUACUCACUCUCUAUGUCAUCGCUGGUUCCUCCAUCAUGAACUUGAUAUUUACUUGAUCGCUGUUUGUUCAUUGAAUAGUCCGACCUGAUGUAAGGUGGAAUGUAGCCUCUGUUUUCCUCUUCUCGUGCUGUCACGUCUCUUCAUCAAUAUUUGCAAGUUGUGCUGGGUAGCUGCCAAGAAAAUGAUCCGGCUGGUACAGUCUAACAGGUAAAUGACUCUGCCCAAAAUCAAUUCAGCACACACACACAUUUCUCAAACCUGCAGAUUUGGUUCUAAUGAUCUUGUAAUGUCGAUUCAUGCGGCAGAAAUACUUUAUACUGACAAAUAAUACCAAUCAAAGUCAAUUCUGCUGUCUGGAGACUGAUUUUAAACAUUGGUUGUGCGUUGAAACACACAAAGAGCUCAGGUCGAACCACACACACGCAACAAAUUUGUGUUUUCCCCCAAAGAAAUGUGUAUCCAGAGCUGGUGAAAGGAACAUCAACUGACAAAAAAGGCUGCAUUGUUGUGCAGCAAUUUAUUUAAAAAAAUGCAAAGAGAAGAGGCAUGCUGUUUUUUUUUUUGUUUGUUUUUUUUGACUACACAAUACCUCAGUAAGUCUGAACCAAAUCUGAGCUGCACACAUGACAAGCUCUGGAUUCCUGGAAUGUCUCCGUCUCAGUCAGAAACAAUUUCAACUUCUCUACUCGACGAACUGAAGUAAACUCGUCUCUCUUGUGUCCUCUCUCAGUUCUGAUGCCACUCAGACUAGACAUGUUGUGUAUGUAUCACUGUGUGGGAGAACGGGUAGGUUAGGGGAUCGGGAGCUGAAGGCAGAGUGUAUAUUUGUGAGUUUUCUGCUAUGUUCUCUUCGGGAUGUAAAGGUCUAUAUUGUGAGUGUUGACAUUUUAGGAACUGUACAUGUUUUUAUAUCUGGUUUGUGUCUGUGUGUGAGUGCGACUGUGUAGCACAACUUUACUACGUGGGUGUGUACUUUCCUUUUUUUUUUUUUUUUUUUUUUAAACUGUCUUUUGUACACAUUUUAGGAGUGUGCCUGUGACUGGCAAGUGAAGCUUCUCUGCAGUCUAUCAGAAACGUCUGUACAGGGAGGUCUGUCAUACAUGCACUUUACUCCCUUUUUAAUUUUUAAUGUGGCUUUUUUUUAAUGUGUGGUUGCUACUUUCGGGGAGCAUGCUUAGAUAGUAGCAGCUGCUGGGUAUGCCUGUGUAUUGUCAAAAACUGAUUUUUGUUUGUUUUAUUUUAAACUAUCGGUGUAAAUAUUCUUUUAUAUCAUGUGCUUCAACUGUGACCAUUAAACAAUGGAAAUUA